UGAGACUUUUGUUCAGCAGCUGCAUCAUCAGUGGGGCACAUCCGGCCUAAUGGCGUCGACUCGUAGGCACUGUUGUCACGUUUUCCCUUACAGUGUUUCAUUUGUAGUCGGCUUUGUUUAUAUCGGCGCGGCCGUGGUUCCGAGGUACCGCUGCUGAGACCGGGCCGAGCCGCCUCCCUCCGAGGAGAACCGGCCCCGGAGUGCACGACCGAAGCCUGGGGGGCAUCAUCGACGGAACGAUCGGAGAAGAGAAAGAGAGAGAGAGAGAGAGAGUAGCACCGUGACCUUGGAUCGCAGCUACUGUCAUCCACUUUGCGCUGCAGCCUGGAGGAUAAGCCGCGAAAUUCGAAUUUUUCCGCUGCUGGCACCUGCUGCAGCUUCGCCAAGAUGUACAGGAGAUAAAAGCGAGAAGUUCCAAAAUUUGCACUAAAAAAUUUGCUUUACAAAAGCAAUUAUGGAGGUAACAACGGAGGAGGAUGCUCAGGCAGUUUUGCUAGAGAGCAUGGAAGGAACUCAGUACAUAACAAUUCAGAGAGCAGAUGGAGAAAGCCUUGGAAAGGGAGUUCCUCUCUUUGCUCUAAAUGGAGAGUUGAUUUCGGAAGGAAUGGUCGUUGAUAUGAUCAAUGGUGUUGGAGCAGAUUACAAUACUGGCGCGCAAUAUUAUGAGACUGAAGAUUUACUGCCUCAUGUACUAACAGAGGAGGAUCGAAGACUGGCAGCAGCUCUUGUUGCAGUUCAAUUACAACAGCAGCAGAAGCAACAACAAAUUCAUAGCCAUCCCAAUCAUGAUGACCCUACCUUAGAAGAUGUUGCACAACUGGAAAGUCUACCUCCUGUCAAUAGCUAUGCUAUUGAAUCAAUUCAUGAGCCCAAUCCUCCCCCAGUUUAUCCUUCUAUACAAACCUUUAAAAGAGGAAUGCACCAAGUGAAGCCAGAAUUCAUUAAUGUUAAGUGUGAAGAUGACGUAGAUAUUUCUGCAGAAAGUAGUGAAGAUGCAGUUCCUACUCCAGGUCCUAAGAGGUCAUUACCUCACAAAAAGAGAAUACCUCGAAAAUUGAAGCAGCAGAGUAAGAAAAGUGCUGUAAAGAAAGAAAGUGCCAGAUCUCAUCAAGAUUCAAUGACGUUGGAGUCGUCAUCUAAAAAUCAAGCAAAUGCCUUUAAAUGUGAACUUUGUGGAAAUAAAUUUAGCGGGCAGCUUAAAUUUUUUGAGCAUCUAAAGAUUUUAUUCAUCAACCCUUCCCUCCUGGUUCCGUACUGUCCACUUACCCCAUUGUUUCUUUUAUCACAUUAUGAGCCUGUAAAAGAAGAAAAAAAACUACUAAACCUACCUGUAAAUAAUAACACUGCAAUAGCCAUACCUAGUAUACCUGAAUCAAUAGGUCAUGGAGUUAUUGAACACACUAUUGAGGAAUUUAGUGAACCUGAAGACAUAAUGGAAGGAAUAAGGGACGUUGUAGAGGAAACUGGAGCUCAAAUCGAUGAUGACGACGACGACGAAAUAGGAGAAGACGCUCUUCACGAUUCUAACAAUUCUUCGUCAAUAUGGACUAUAUCCGAGGUGCCAGAACAGAUAGACCAGAUAGAGCAUAUUGAAAAUAUUGAACAGAUUGAACAGAUUGAACAGAUUGAACAGAUUGAACAGAUUGAACAGGUCGAACAAAUCGACCAAAUGGAACAAAUAGACCAGAUUGAACAAAUAGAGCAAGAAGAAUUAGAAGAGCCAUCUACUAUAAAUGAAGAGGAUCUUUAUGAAAGAGAACCAGUUAAAAUAGUAGGUCAAGCAAAGAAAAAGAAAUCGAAAUCAAAAAAGUCAAAUCUUGACGAACUAACUUGCCCAAACUGUGAUAGAACGUUCCAUCACAAAAAUAGUCUAGUAUAUCACAUGCGCUCUCACAGUGGAGAGAGGCCUCACCAGUGCGAAGUUUGCGGGAAGAGCUUUUUUGCAGCAAGCGCACUCAAAGUUCACAAACGGCUGCACAGUGGUGAUAAACCGUACAAAUGCGAGGAUUGCGGACGACAUUUCCGUCAAUGGGGCGACCUCAAGUACCACUCAACGAGUUUACACUCGGAGCAGCGGCAGUUCCAGUGCGAGUACUGCGGCAAAGAUUUUGCGCGCAAGUACUCUCUAAUCGUCCACCGGCGCAUCCACACCGGCGAGAAGAAUUAUCGUUGCGAAUACUGCAACAAAACAUUCAGAGCGAGCAGCUAUUUGCAAAAUCAUCGUAGAAUACACACAGGCGAAAAACCGCAUCCCUGUGACGUCUGCGGCAAACCCUUCCGAGUACGCAGUGAUAUGAAGCGGCACAUGGCCACGCACACGCGUGCUACUAACCGAGACAGACUGCAGAAUAAAACUGGCACAAUAAAGGCACAAACAAAUGUGAGCGAUGCGAGUAGCGACGACAGUAUGAAUAAGACGAACAGGACAAUAAACGAGAUAGUUCACGAGCUGAAACUUGAAGUGGAUCCUAAUACGUCGGUCGUCGAGCUAGUAGGAGGUAGCGGAGAACAUGAGAGUAUUCUGCCACAUGUGCAGACCCUGGAUUACGCACAUGCAGUCGCAUCCCAAGCUGUUGCAGGGACCAAUGACGAAGGGGGCCGAGAUCCCCUUGAAGCUGUCGUCGGUCGGACCUCGGAUACUUUAAACUUUGACAUGCAAGUAUUCUAUUAACUUGUAAAAACAAUAAUGUGGCCAGUGAUUACAUGAAAUUACUGCUUCUUGUGAUGGAGACGACGUUACGCAGAUUUUUGAUUAACUAAAACUUAGUUAAUUUUAUCAUAGUUUGGAAAAUCAAAGUUAUUUAGUACGAGAAAAAUUAGGUUUCUUGCGCAAUUCUUUUUAACUAAAAGAAAUUAUAUUUUGCUCAAUAUUUGAAAAAAAAGACUGGUUAGAGCAUUGAAAUAAUGCUAAAAUGAAAUAUUAAUAAGUUCUUGAUAUAUACAGAUCGGUCUGAUAUUUUGACAUAUUUAUCGCGGUAAAGUUAGUUGUAUUAAGUUUAUUUUAGUUGAGAAAUUCUUGCAAUCUUUGUUUUUCUCUUUAAAUUAAAUAUUGGCGAUAAUAUUAUUCUUAGUAUAAGAUCUUACUUUCUAAGACAAAAAAAAAGUUGUAAAAAUUUUAUAUAUAUAUUUAUAUAUAUAUUUAUAUAUAUAUGUAUAGUAUAAGAUGCUGAGAAUUAUUCUCGAAUAUAUCUACCGCGAUGAUAGUGUUGACGAUAAGUAUCGAUGAUUCGUUUAUUAUGAAUAUGUUUUAAACAAUCUCGUUCAAUCGCGCAUAAGAUUAUCUUGCACAACCGACCUGUAUAUACGCACCUCAUUAUUUUAAAUAUAAUCUUAUAUACGUAUUGUAUGAACGUAUAUUAACGAUGUAUACUGCAACUUUAAUGGCAGCAGUAUCCGCAUAUGUAUGUUUUAAAACUUAAUCUAUUUAGCAGUUUAUACACAAAUCAACGUUGAAAAAUAUAUUUUUUAUUACGUGGCAACGUUUACAGAAA